AUGGAAAGUGUAGGCUCCUUUAUAUGGAACUACAGCCACCAUGCCUUUGGCACUACAGCAAAUACCAUUAAGAUUCUACCCACAUAUUUGGAACCAAAUAUCAAGGGUGGCCACAAGUUCCAGAAAAUGCAUGGUGAAUAUUUGUCAUCCUUUCAUUUUACCAGAAAAGACAUACGCACGAGUUACUAUUCUGAUGGCAUGCACCUUAUAGCAUCACUGAAUAAUACAGCAAAGGGCCUUUGGGUUAAAUUCACCAUUCCAGUCGGCGAUAGCACUCAUAGUGGGGAUUUCCAAGUCGUCUUAGAAGGCGUAGCAGACCCGGAUGUACGAGGCACUCUUUCGCUAGACGACUUCGCAAUGUCGCCAGUAUGUGAACUCUCGCCCAACCAACACCUACCUGGCGAAGAUGACCUGACCACACCUUCCCCUGUCUGCCUGCCGCCUCAACUAGCUUGUGGUAACGGACUCUGUUACUACCCAGAAGACACUUGCAACUUCAUCGAUGACUGCGGAGAUGGAACGGAUGAGCUUCAGUGUACUAGGAGUUGUGACUUCGAGACGGAGGGCGACCUGUGCGGCUGGUUCGUGAGCGUGGCGAGUUCCAUCCCCUGGCAGCGUGGGGGGUUCCCAGCCCCCCUACCCGGACCCCCUGUUGACCACGCCCUCAAUGCUUAUGCGCAUGACCUUUUCACGGCCAAGGAAAAGAGCACUGGAGGACAGGUCGCCAUCUUGGAGUCCCACACGUUUUCCCAAGUGGGGGAGGAAUGCACCCUUGUGUUCUGGCACUAUAUGUUGUCCACGGGUGCCGAGGCCUCGAGUCUGGCUGUUUACAAGAAAUCGAAGGAGACUGUGUCUUUACCAUUUUCCCUAGACCCCAUAGCCAUCGGACGACGUGAGCUGGGCUGUGCCCCCCCGGAAGUCGUGCCAUCAGCCCCCAAAUUCAGGGCAUUUUCUGUUAAGGGUUCUGGGUAUUAUGUCAAAAAUAGGGUCAUACGUUUACUGUCCAGGCCCAAAGGGUCUCCGGGGCAGGUGCAGGGAUCACCCCCCCCCCACCAUCCUGCGUCGCGGGGCCUGGUUUCGUCAGGGUUUGGUUUACAUGACACCGACAAGCUAAUAUGA